CGCACACAAAAUUUCGUAGGCAAAAAUAAGAGUAAUGUUACAAUCACCAGAAUAAAUCUAAUGUUGAACAAGACUUAGCCAUCUUAGUUGACCAAUACUUUGUUUAGGUCAAUCUUUGCCCAUCAAGACCAAAUUACAAUUGAUGAACAAUGUAUAGUCCUCUCUGAAUCAGAAAAGCACAUAUCACCCCCAAAAAAACAUGAAGUUUCUUCAUGGCUUUUUGCCCUUCUUGAUCUUAGCUUUUGACAUUUUUGAAUUGGUGGUUCAAGCUCAAGAUCAAUCAGGAUUCAUCAGCUUAGAUUGUGGUUUGGUACCUAAGGACAGAACGUAUGUGGAGAAGUCGACGAAUAUAACAUACAGAUCAGACAAAGAUUACAUCGACAGUGGAUCGCCCGGGAAGAUCAACGAGAUCUACAGGGCACAGUUUCAGCAACAGACUUGGUCCUUGAGAAGCUUCCCUAAGGGUCAAAGAAACUGUUACAACUUCACCCUCACCGUGAAGCGCAAAUAUCUAAUCAGAGCAACCUUUAUCUAUGGGAAUUACGACGGUUUGAAUCAACUCCCGAGCUUUGAUCUUCACAUUGGUCCUAACAAAUGGACUUCGGUUUCAACCCAAGGAGUGACAAAUGGUUCAAUCCACGAGUUGAUCCAUGUCUUAACACAAGACCGUCUUCAAGUUUGUCUUGUUAAGACAGGGGAAACAACACCGUUUAUUUCGUCCUUGGAACUUCGUCCUUUGAGUAAUAACACAUACGUCACACAAAGUGGAUCGCUGAUUGCGUUCGCAAGAGUUUUCUUUUCACCCACUCCAUCGUUCGUCAGGUAUGAUGAGGACGUCCAUGACCGAACUUGGACUCCAUUCUUAGAUAACAAAACUUCCGUGAUAAGCACGGAAGCCUCGGUUGAUACAAGUAACUUUUACAAUGUUCCUCAACCUGUGGCGAAAACUGCUGCUGUCCCUGCAAAUGCUACUCAGCCUCUGACCAUCGAUUGGACUCUCGACGACAUCACUGCACAGUCCUAUAUAUACAUGCAUUUCGCUGAAAUCGAGAAUCUUGAUGAAGCUAAUGCGACUAGAGAAUUCAACAUUACUUUUAAUGGUGGCCGAAACUGGUACUCCUAUUUUAGGCCUCCAAAGUUCAGUAUAACAACUAUAUUCAAUCCAGGAGCUGUGAGUUCUCCUGAUGGGAAGUUCAAUUUCACUUUCACAAUGACCGGUAAUUCUACUCUUCCUCCACUCAUCAACGGUCUCGAGAUUUAUAAAGUCCUUAACAUUGAACAGCAAGAGACAGACCAAGAUGAAGUUUCUGCUAUGAUGGACAUCAAGACAACAUAUGGAUUGAUGAAUAAAAGAUCUAGUUGGCAAGGAGAUCCGUGUGCUCCUAAUUUAUAUCGAUGGGAAGGUUUAAACUGCAAUUAUCCUGUCUCUGAGCCACCGCGGAUCAUAUCCUUGAACUUGAGUGGAAACAAUUUGACUGGUACAAUAACAUUUGGUAUAUCCAAGCUAACACAGUUGACAGUACUAGAUUUAUCAAACAAUGAUUUAUCAGGAGAGAUUCCAGAGUUUUUUGCUAAUAUGAAGCUGACACUCAUAAACUUAAGCGGGAACAUGAAACUUAGUCGCUCAGUUCCAGAGCCUCUUCAACGAAAGAUAGAUAAUAAAUCUUUAAUACUAAUUAGAGAUGGAACAGGAAAAAGUAGUAAAACUGUGGUUGCUAUCGCAGCAUCAGUGGCUAGUGUGUUUGCUCUGCUACUUAUCUUGGCUAUUGUUUUUGUCGUCAUAAGGAAAAAACGGAAAACUAAUGAAGCUUUAAUACCCGUAUCAGUCACUACCGGUACGGUUAAAAGUGAGACAAGAUCAUCCGGUUCAUCAAUCAUAACGAAGGAACGCAAGUUCACUUAUUCCGAGGUACUAAAGAUGACUAAAAACUUUGAGAGAGUUCUUGGUAAAGGAGGGUUUGGAACAGUCUAUUAUGGAAACUUGGAUGAUACUCAAGUAGCUGUGAAAAUGCUCUCUCAUUCAUCAGCUCAAGGGUAUAAGGAGUUCAAAGCAGAGGUCGAGCUUCUUUUGAGAGUUCAUCACAGACAUUUGGUGGGGCUUGUGGGUUACUGUGAUGAUGGAGAUAACUUGGCUUUGAUUUACGAAUACAUGGCAAACGGAGACUUGAGGGAGAAUAUGUCAGGUAAACACUUUAACAUAAAAGACUCUUAUUUAGUAAAAUUUAUCUCCUUCCACAUUCUUAAACAUUUAAAUCUCGGUACAGGAAAACUUAGUGUCAAUGUUCUAAGCUGGGAAACAAGAAUGCAAAUAGCUGUAGAGGCAGCACAAGGAUUGGAAUAUCUUCACAAUGGAUGUAGACCUCCUAUGGUUCAUAGAGAUGUGAAACCAACUAACAUCUUACUGAAUGAGCGGUCUCAAGCAAAACUAGCCGAUUUUGGACUCUCGAGAUCUUUUCCGGUUGAUGGUGAAUCUCAUGUUAUGACCGUCGUUGCAGGAACACCUGGUUACCUCGACCCUGAGUAUUAUAGAACAAACUGGUUAAGCGAGAAGAGUGACGUAUACAGUUUUGGUGUAGUGCUAUUAGAAUUAGUCACAAACCAGCCUGUGACAGAUAAAACCAGAGAGAGACCUCACAUUACAGAAUGGGUUGGAUCCAUGCUCACCAAUGGGGACAUCAGGAGUAUUGUUGACCCAAAACUGAUGGAUGACUAUGAAACAAACGGUGUUUGGAAGGUCGUAGAGUUGGCUCUAGCAUGUGUAAACCCGUCUUCAAGCCGUAGACCGACGAUGCCACACGUGGUGAUGGAGCUAAACGAAUGUCUGGCUUUCGAGAUAGAAAGGAAACAGGGUAGUCAAGAGACGUACACAAAGGAUUCUGUUGAGUUCAGUCCAUCCUCUUUUUCUGAUUUUGCUCCUAGAGCAAGGUAAAUUGAAAAAUCUUGUAUGUGAUGUGAAGCUAAAGCUAUUGUCUUUUAUAAAAAUCUACUGUUCAUAUUGAAAAUGUAUAAGAUAGCUCUGUAAAUUUACCUAAAAAGUAUUAGUCUCUAUUAUGUUUAACAUUCUUGGAAUCCAAGAAAUUGAUAUGUAUGGUAUUAGUA